AUGAUUGGUUGUGUCAUUAUCAAUUGUGGAGGCUACGAUUUUGCUUGGUUUUAUGCUCAGUUUAAGGAGAUUAUGGGUUGGAUUCAAGGACAGCUUGAGGAUCUUACAUGGGAGAAAGCAAGGGAUGUAGUGAGGGAGAUUGUUAGGUCUGUUAUGACUUGGUUUGAUUCACAGCUUGAGAUUGAAGUAAGGGAGAUUGGGAGGAAGAUUAAGAAGUAUUCUCAGUGA